AUGAUCCUCUGCAGCUGCCCACCUUGCUGUCAGCCUAGCUGCUACAAGACCACCUCUUGCUGUGAAGCCAGCAGCUGCCCUGAGUCCAUCUGCUGCCAGCCUUGCUGUCCCCCAAGUUGCUGCAGCAUACCCUGCUGCCAGUGCAGCUGCUGCAACAUCAAGUCUGUCAGCAACUGCUGCCAGGCCUGCUGCCCACCAACCUGCUGUGAAAGCACAUGCUGCAAGACCACCUGUUGCAAGCCAAUCUGUGUGAGUAUCUGCUGCAGCACACCCUGCUGCCAGCCCUGCUGCUGUGAGCCCAGCUGCUGCUGUGUGCCCACCUGCUGCCAGCCCAGCUCUAUAAAAAUCAGCUGUCAACCAACUUGCUGUGAAACCAGUUGCUGCAAGAAUACCAGUUGCAAAACAAAUUGUGUGACCAGUGGUUGCAGCACACCCUGCUGCCAGCCCUGCUGCUGUGUACCCACCUGCUGCUGUGUGCCCACCUGCUGCCAGCCCUGCUUCUUACAGCUCUGUUGCCAACCAACUUGCUGUGAAACCACCUGCCACAAGACCACCUCUUUUAAACCAACCUGUGUGAGCAUCAGCUGCAGCACACCCUGCUGUCAGCCCUCUUGCUGCUGA